AUGCUUGCUAGAAGAUGGAAAGAGUUUCGAAUAAUGACAGUAUGGGCCGCUUGUCGAGCAGUGAUCUUCGGAUGUAUCAUCAUAGUUGUGGGCCUAGCAAUGACAGUUUUAGGAUAUUUUGACAAGUAUUUUUCGGAGAAAACCGAAAUCAUCGACGGAACCGAACAAGUGACUCACGAUAGAAUGAUACAGUACCAAUUGAAAAGUAUGCAGUACCUCGGUCCGAUUCUAAUGGGAAUCGGUUCAUUCAUUCUGAUAAUCGCUUGUGUGGUUACACUGGAAUCUCGUGAUAAGCAUGCACAAAUUAUCACUGAAGAAUCAAUUUUACAAAAACGGCGAAGAUUGAUUUCGGAAGAAGAGGAGAAGGCGGAGCAUAAUGAUGUUUUUAUUCAGGAUGAUGAUGAGGAUAAGGAACCGUAUUUUGGGGGUGGAAGGCGAUUCGUAACCCUCGACGCCAAUCGGUUGGCUCCGUUAGCUGACGUGGAUUCUCUGACGGACAUCUCGCUCACCCAUCGUGGAGGAUCUGAAUCCAGAUUACAAUCCGAAGACGUGACUGUGCCGCCAGAUUCCACAGAAUUCUACCAAGAAUGUGAACUUCAGGAUCUAGAUGAAAAUGAGCCAACGACGUCUUCUAGUUUUCUGAAUCCCACGACGACAUUUGAAGAUCUUCAAGAUGACGUGGUGGUGGAUGCAGACGUCGUUGCUCCCUCGGAAGUCAACGUGACGUCAUCUGAUUCUCCAAAAAGUCACAAAUUGAGACUGGAGGUUUUGGCGUCUGAGAUGGACUAA